AUGCCGCAAGGCGGCGUUGUCCAAGUCGGGUGGUACCGCAUCUUCUUGCUGUCGCUGUACUACGAACAUUACACAGCCGCGCCCAGCACCGCCCAGGUAGACUACAGUGUUAACAAUGCCAUCAGUGGCAUCGUUGGGUCCGCUCAUUUGCAGGCCCGGGUCGGUUACUUUGGCAUUUGUGUGAACCCUGACGGUGGCGCAUGGCUUUGCUCGAACAACGCAACGGCUCUGGCCAACGAGGUAAGCGUGGACCAGGACCCGCUUAACCUCAUCUGGCUGGCCAGCCAGUUCAAGGACAUGAUUGUCUUCCCGUACUUGAUGUAA